AUAAAUUUCCAGAUUUGUGAUGCUUCGUGGCUCCUCAGGAUUCUACUCGUAUGCCAUUUUUGAACAUUUAGAGGACUUUCCUGGUUUCAACCUUAACACAACCAGGAUUGCAUUCAUGCUCAAAAAAGACACGUUUCACUACAUGGCCAUAUCAGAUAGUAGGCAAAGAUACAUGCCCCUUCCAGAUGAUCGUUUACCUGAAAGAGGUCAACAACUAGCUUACCCAGAAGCAGUACUCCUUGUCGAUCCUAUAGAACCAGAAUUCAAAGGAGAAGUGGACGACAAGUAUCAGUACUCAUGUGAGAACAAAGACAAUCAGGUGCAUGGAUGGAUAUGUUUUGACCCACCAGUAGGGUUCUGGCAAAUAACUCCUAGCAACGAGUUUCGAACUGGAGGACCCUUCAAACAAGACUUAACAUCCCAUGUGAACCCAACAACCCUUGCUAUAUUUGUUACUUCUCAUUAUGCGGGAGAGGAUCUUCUAGUAAAACUUGAAUCUGGUGAAGUAUGGAAGAAAGUCUUGGGCCCGGUUUUUAUCUAUCUGAAUUCUGUACCAGAUAGAGAUGAUGCUCUUUCUCUUUGGGAUGAUGCUAAAGAGAAGAUGAAAACGGAAGUCCAAUCAUGGCCUUACAGUUUUCCAGCCUCCACGGAUUUUCAAAAAUCUGAUCAAAGAGGCACAGUAAGGGGUAAAUUGAUGGUACAGGACAGGUUUUAUUCUUUCUUACCUUCAUUACAUAAUUUUUACAGUUCUUCCCUCAGCGUCAAUAGCACUUAGAACUAAAUUGAAAGGUUUGAUCAUGUUAGAUUACCCUCACUUUUAGCUACAUGGUAGAUUACUUCCACUUCUAGUGAAUCA